GUGUCUUCUUGGAAAAAAAAAAACAAUUUCGUUACAUUCCACUCCACUCCCUUCCCGGACCUGUGAACGCUCGUGCGAGGGAGGGCGGCGAGAUGCCGCGGGGGCACCGCCGCCGCCCGAGCCAUGCUGCGGCGGCGACUUUGCCGGACGACGACGACCUCCUCUCCGAGAUCCUCCUCCGCCUGCCGCCGCAGCCGUCCUCGCUCCCCCGCGCCUCCCUCGUCUGCAAGCGCUGGCGCCGCCUCGUCACCGAACCCCACUUUCGCCGCCGCUUCCGCGCCCGCCACCGGAGUCCCCCCCUCAUCGGGUUCUUCGACGUGGUUGUAGGCCACAACUUCUUCAGUUCCGUAAUGGAUCCGCCGGAUCGCAUCCCAGGCGAGCGCUUCUGUCCGCCGCUUGGCGACGGCAGGGGCAGCUGUGAGCCCAAACAAUGGAGAAUCUUCGGCUGCAGCCACGGCCGCGUGCUCCUCUACAACCGGAAGCAGAAGGAGAUCGUUCUAUGGGAUCCCCCCACUGGCGACCACCGCCGGGUUGCCGUUCCGCCCGAGUUUGAUAACGAAGAUAAGACCAUCUGGAACGGCGCAGUGCUCUGCGCUGCUGCCGGCGACCGCAGCCACGUGCACGGCGGUUUCUGCUCCUGCCCAUUCAAGGUGGCCAUCGUUGGCGUCGCCAGCAAUCACACGCAAGUCUUCGCUUGCAUUUACUCAUCAGAAACAGGAGAAUGGAGCGAUCUUGUCUUGGCAGCUGUUCCUUUUGGGGUGCUUUGUGUUAUUAAUCCCGGCGUCCUUGUCGGCAACACCCUGUAUUGGAUGCUUUUUGGUCUGGAGUUUGCCAUUGUUGAGUUUGAUUUGGACAGGCAUAGUCUAGCUGUGAUCGAGGGGCCAUCCGGUGCAAAACUUUUAGGGAAUUGCUGUUCUCAAGUCGUAUUGACAGAAGGUGGUGGUCUUGGCCUCGCCAAUUUGUCAUGCCACAGCCUGCAAAUGUGGGAGAGGAAGGUCUGUUCUGAAGGUGUUGCCAAAUGGGUGCUGCGGAAGUCUGAUAAGCUAUGGAAGAUUCUUGGACAGAGGUCUCGUGUGGAGUUGAUAUUGGGCUAUACUGAUGAUAUUAAUGUGAUGUUGCUAUCGAUUGAUUCCUAUAUCUACGUGCUUCAACUUGACUCCCUGCAGUUCAGAAAACUUUGGAAAACUCCUAAGAUCUCCCGAAAUCAUCCCUAUGCAAGUAUCUAUGGUUCAGGGUUUGCAAAAUAUGGUGCAUAUGCACCAGAUACACUCCUGAGUCAUAUGGUUUUUUUUCGCUACUACUUCGUUGAUGGGAUUACUUUAUAUCAUGUUCUUUUCAGUGGUAUCUAGGGUUUGCCUUUGGUUUGCCAAGGUGCAGAGAUGGGUGCUUAGGUGUGCAGCCUAUGGCGUGGUCCGUGUUGAAACUGGCCAUCUAUGUAGCUCGUGGAUGCAUGUUUGAAUUGCAUUUGUAGUAACUAAUGGCUCGACGAUGCGAACGCCGGGUGUUCUUUUGGUGACCUUUGAGCUAUCUUCUGUCUAGCAUAUUUGAGCCAAGCUCCCUUGUUAAUUAAAGUACUUAAGUUGAUGGUUGGUGCUCUUCAGGAGACUAAGUAUACUUCUAUUCAUAUACGUUUUUUUUAGAUACUUCUAUUCAUAUACGUGCUACCUA